AUGUGGAACCUGCUCAAAAAAAGGGAUAACCAGGAAUCCAGACCAGUCCAUCUGCUGACAGAGGACAGAGAUGUUUUACUUGCCUGCUCUGCCAUUAUCCAAGGAAACGUGAAGGCUGCCGAGCAGGCAUCUCUGAGCAGACUUCUGGCAUCAAAAAGGAAGGAGAAACUUCUGUCAGAGGCUUACUUUCUGAAUGCCACAAGGGACUGUGAUGAUUAUGUCAAAGAAAAAAGAUUCAUCACCUCAGUGCUCAGUGAGGAGGAGAGAGAGUUCCCCAUCGCAUACUCCAUGGUGAUCCAUGAGAAAAUUGAGAUGUUCGAGAGACUCCUUCGGGCUAUAUACACGCCACAGAAUGUGUACUGUGUACACAUAGAUCGUAAAUCCGCAAGAGAUUUUUCACACGCUGUGAGAGCCAUUAUCUCUUGCCUGCCAAAUGUGUUUGUGGCCAGCAAAUUGGAAAGGGUGAUAUAUGCAUCUUGGUCACGAGUCCAAGCCGAUCUGAACUGCAUGGAGGAUUUGCUAAAGUCACCGGUCCAGUGGAAAUACCUGCUUAACACUUGUGGGACAGACUUCCCCAUAAAAACCAAUGCAGAGAUUGUGAAAAAUCUCAAACUGCUCAAUGGUAAGAACAAUAUGGAGUCUGAGGAGACGUCCGCGUAUAAACAAGGCCGCUGGCAAUACCAUUACAAUGUCACAAACACCAUAAUCAAAACUGAAGUCAAGAAAAGCCCUCCUCCCAUCGGUACCCCCAUGUUCUCCGGAAAUGCUUACUUUGUGGUCACUCGAGAAUUCGUGGAACAUGUGUUCAAAAGCCAGGAGGUGCAGUCUUUCCUGGAGUGGGAAAAGGACACAUACAGCCCUGACGAACAUCUUUGGGCCACCCUGCAACGGAUGCCCUCAGUGCCGGGAUCUGAUCCUCCCAACAGCAAAUACCAAAAAUCUGACAUGGGCUCCAUAGCUCGUCUGGUGAAGUGGAGCUAUCUUGAAGGGGAUGUGAGGAAAGGGGCUCCAUACCCACCAUGCAGUGGCACUCACAGAAGAGCUGUGUGCGUUUAUGGGAUUGGAGACCUCCGGUGGAUGCUGCAGCAGCAUCAUCUUUUUGCUAACAAGUUUGACCCUCAAGAGGAUGACAUUGUUAUCAGAUGUCUUGAAGAAUACCUCCUAUACAAAGCAGUGUAUGGCAAACCUUUAAGUAUGAUGGUACCUGAGGAUUUUUCACAAAGAUGACUUUGCCGAUCAUUUCUACCA